AUGAAUCUAUUCCGAAUCAUGAUGAAGUUAAUGAGGAAGCAAACAAAAAGAAGGAAAUUGAAAAAGAAGAAGAGGAAAAAGGAGUGUAGUGCUCUCUUACAGAAUAAACUUCCACCAAAAUUGAAGGAUCUAAGAAGUUUCUCUAUUCCUUGUCACAUUGGGGAUAUUAGUAUUGAAAAGGCAUUGUGUGAUCUUGGAGCUAGUGUAAGUUUGAUGCCACUCUCCAUUUGUGAAAAGCUGAAGGUAGGAGAUUUUAAGCCCACCACCAUUUCUUUGCAACUAGCUGAUAGAUCCAUCAAAUAUCUAGUGGGAAUUUUGAAGAAUGUGCCCUUAAAAGUUGGAAAAUUUUUCAUUCCUGUGGAUUUUGUGACUUUGAAGAAACAUCAUGGAGUUGAUCCUUGUUUAAGGGUGGAUGUUAUUGAUGAGAUUGUGGAAGCAGAAUUUAAGAAAAGAUAUCCUGAGGACCCUUUGGAGAAUUGUUUGGUACAUAGGAGAACAACAAAGGAUGAAAAUCCUAAAGUUGCAGCUUUUGCUCAAAUUUUGGAAGCUACUCAAGAAGUUGUAGGAGAUCAAGUUUUGUAA